GCAAUGGCGAGCAAGUGCCCAGUCGACCACGACGAAAAACAGGUAGCAUCUGCACCCUCGGCAUCUGCAGAAUGCCCUGUUGACCAUUCCAGCGUUGCCUCGACCGCCACAGAAUGUCCCGUUGACCAUGACUCGCGUUCUAUCUGGUCCCGUCUAGUGGGCAACUCGGCCACCUCUUCUGCUGAAUCCUCGACCUCGACUCUGGCGCAUACUCGUUCUCUCUCAAGCGAAAGGGAAAUUUCUACCAUACCCAGAACAGAUGAAGGGAAAUGGGUCUAUCCUUCCGAGGCGCAGUUCUUUGCCGCCAUGGCACGCAAAAAUCAUAAUCCGCGUGCCUCGGACAUGAAGACCAUUGUACCCAUACACAACGCCGUCAACGAGCGCGCCUGGUCUGAGCUGCUCAAGUGGGAGGCCGGACAAGGAGGAGAUCAGUGUGGCGGGGUGAAGCUCGUCAACUUCAAGGGGCGGCCAAAGGACCUGACGCCAAAGGCGCGCAUGAUGACUUGGCUAGGCUAUACGGCUCCGUUUGACAGACACGACUGGACUGUUGACCGAUGCGGAACCCAAGUACGCUACGUCAUUGAUUUUUACACAGGGCGUGGGUCAGGGCCCUCUAGCAAUCCUUCAUUUUACUUGGACGUACGGCCAGCCCUGGACAGCUGGGAAGGCGUGAAGAUGCGUCUGGAGGGGUUAUGGAAAAGCUGGUAGAAGUGAGUCAAGAUAAAACAUAGACUACACGUGUACGGCAGGUGGGCACACUUCGCGUGAUACCUUAUUUUAUGACUGUAGAUAAUGCUAUCCACAACUCAGUAAGGAUAAUACAUAACAGCACCUUCAUGAUCAAGCAUGGGGUAUAGCGGAGUAGACUACGAAGCUUUUCGAGUCUUUACUUUUUUUGGUGGUGGUGGUUUCUCAACCUCACUGUCCUCUGCAUCGCUGUCUUCUUGCAUCUCAUCCUCUUCGUCGUCUUCCCCUUCGCUUAUCUCCUCGUCCUCGUCCCAUCCCCCUUCAUCUUCAUACUCUUCGCCGUCUUCGUCACCAUCGUCACCUUCAUCUCCGUCGCCUUCACCUUCACCUUCACCAUCCUCUUCGUCGCCAUCGUUUGCUCCUCCCCGCUUCUUUUUCUUUUCCUGCUCCUGCUCGUCCUUCUUUCGCUGAACAUUGCGUUCCUGUUCCUGCCUGCGCUGAGCACGCAGCUUUUCUUUUGCAGCAUGGUCUGCUUUUUGAGCAGCCGCCUGCGCUUUGGAUUUCUUGACUGCACAAACAUCAGUCGCCCUUUCUUGAAAAAAAACAUUGCAGGUAACACAUACCAAAUUCAUGGUACAUGACAGCGCCCACCUUCCCUGGGACACCUUCCGUGAUCUUGAUCAAACGUAGCUCCAUCCGAGGACCAAUUUCGUCCAGUCGGACGGCCUUCCUGGAUCCCUUCCGGUUAUUCCGCCCGACGUAGUCGUCAGCUAACGAUACUGCUUCACCUUCGUCGCCUGCCACGCUGGAGGCCGACGACGCGGCUGACUCAUACCCUCCGUCCCCGUCAGGCCCAGGUUCUCCUCGCCGGCGCAACAGGAAAUCGGCGACGUCUUUCUCAUUCCCGAGAUCCAAGACAGCAGUCUUGGACUCGGACUUUUUCGUGGCGCCCUCAAGCACCCGUCGGACACGUUUAGAUACACCAUAGGGCUUGACGGUGAUGACGUAGUGUCUGAAGUCGAUGGUUCCGCGAUCGGCGUUGUACGCGACGAGCACUAUGCGGCGCGCAUUUGAGAGUGACAUGGUCUGGGGGGAGAGGGACGGGAAGAGGGAUUGGAAGGCUUUCAUGACUAG